ACCAUACUAUAUAAACAAACCUAAAUACUUCAAACAUUAAACAAAUCAAACAUGGCUACUCUUAAUUUUCUUGCUCUCAAAACCAUACUCUUUCUAAUUUUCUUGCAAUCCAAACACUCUUAUUCUUCAAAACAAUCUUCACUUAUUAUACUACCUCUAAAAACCCAAGAACACUCUCAUAUCACUUCAAGAAAGUAUCUUACCACCACCACCACCGCCGGAACCUCCUCUGCCGCCGCCAACAAGCUGUUCUUCCACCACAAUGUUUCUUUAACGGUCACACUUACAGUCGGGUCACCACCGCAGAAUAUUACAAUGGUUCUUGACACAGGAAGUGAACUUUCUUGGCUUCAUUGCAAGAAAACUCCAUUGUUGAACUCGGUUUUUAACCCGUUUUCUUCAAGAACUUACUCUAAAGUACCGUGUUUAUCUCCGACUUGCCGGACCCGAACCCGUGAUUUCACUACGCCCGUUUCGUGUGACUCCGGUAAGCUUUGCCAUGUCAUUGUCUCUUAUGCUGACGCGACCUCAGUUGAAGGAAAUCUUGCUUUCGAAACGUUUCGAAUCGGGUCUUUGACUAAACCCGCUACCCUGUUCGGGUGCAUGGACUCCGGGUUUAGUUCGAAUUCGGAGGAAGAUGGGAAAACAACCGGGUUAAUGGGUAUGAACCGUGGGUCACUAUCAUUUGUUAAUCAAAUGGGUUACCCGAAAUUUUCGUAUUGCAUAUCGGGAUUAGAUUCCGCUGGUGUUUUACUUCUCGGCGACGCUUCUUUGCCGUGGCUUAAACCAUUAAGUUACACUCCGUUAAUCCAAAUAUCGUUACCAUUACCGUAUUUCGAUAGAGUAGCUUACACAGUCCAAUUAGAAGGGAUUAAAGUCAAGAACAAAAUUUUAUCUCUACCCAAAUCGGUUUUUGUACCGGAUCAUACCGGGGCGGGUCAAACGAUGGUGGACUCGGGUACCCAGUUCACAUUCCUACUAGGUCCGGUUUACACCGCUUUAAAAAAAGAAUUUUUAUUACAAACUAGAGGAAUUUAUAGAGUUUUGAAUGAUGUUAAUUUUGUAUUUCAAGGAGCAAUGGAUUUAUGUUAUUUAAUGGAUUCACCCGACCCGAAUUUAGCAAAUUUACCGGUAGUGAGUUUGAUGUUUCAAGGAGCGGAAAUGAGUGUAUCGGGUGAACGGUUAUUAUACCGGGUACCGGGUGAAAUGAGGGGGAAAGAUUCGGUGUGGUGCUUUACAUUUGGAAACUCUGAUUUAUUGGGUAUAGAAGCGUUUGUGAUUGGUCAUCAUCAUCAACAAAAUGUUUGGAUGGAGUAUGAUCUUAAAAAUUCUAGGAUUGGCCUUGCUGAUGUUAGGUGUGAUAUUGCUAGUCAAAAGCUUGGAUUGUAAAAAAAGUUGUGUGUGAUGUGAAAGGAAAGAAAUAAAGAAAUAGUAGGGACCAAUUGUACAUUUGUACAUGAAGAUUUGUGGUCAAAUUUUUAGGCAACACUCAUACCUUAAUUUUUGUUUUAAACCAAUAAAAUAUCUUCUCUUAGUACA